AUGCUCGAGCCGACCGUUCUGAUCGUAGGUGCCGGGACCUUCGGAACAUCCGCUGCCUAUCACCUUGCGAAGACCUAUAAUGACCCCAGCCGAGUGACGGUGGUAGAUCGUUGGGAUCCAUCUUCUCGCGAACCCAAAACAGCAGCCGCCAUUGACGUCAACCGCAUUAUCCGCACAGACUACGUUAACCCUCUUUACUGCAAUCUCGCCAAUGAGGCCAUCCACCCGUGGUUUUGGGACGUUGACUUGGGGCACUUUUUUCACAAGUCGGGAUGGGUGGUACUCGACGAGAAAGGCAACGAUUUCAGUCGGAACGUGCGCCGCACAUUCCAGCAGCGAGGAUCCGAUUACACGAAGGACGUCGAUGUUCAAAGUCUUGGGAAACGUUGGGAAGCCCUGGAUGGAAUCCAAACUAAAGAUCUAGGCGACGCUUACUUCAACCCCGAGGCUGGGUGGUGUGACGCUGCUUCAGCAACUGCGAGGUUUAUGUCAGUUGCUGAAAGGAAGGGUGUGAAAAGAGUGACGGCCGAAAUCAAGGAAUUGGAAUUCGACAGGAGCCAGAGACGGGUGGUGGGUCUACGCACCGCAGAUGGACAAAUAUUGAAAGCCGACAAGAUUGUCCUAGCAUCGGGUGCCUGGACAAGCAAAUUGCUCACACCAAUCGAAGACGCCCUGCGUCUUGCAGAAGAACAACGAAUCGAACGCCAGAUCAGGGCUGUGGGAAGGCUCUCGGCAUAUUACACUCUUUCACCGCACGAAACGUCUCGUAUGUGCGAGGCCGACGUACCAAUUCUUGUUUACGGAGAUCGAGGCAUAUUGACACCUCCGUCACAGGAGAAUCGGACACUGAAGAUCAACGACCUCAGAACGGAGUUUGUCAACACCGUUAACACGGCUUCUGGACGUGCGAUUUCCGUUCCCUCUACCCGUAACCAGCACGAUGUUCCGGAGAAACUGAAGCUCGAAAUGGAAGAUCUUCUAAGAGCGAUGAUCCCCGCAAUUGCUUCAACCAGGAAACCCGAUCGAUGGAGGGUUUGUUGGGAUGCGGUGACUCCGACCGGUGACUGGCUUUUGUGCAGGCACCCGUACCCUCAACUCGAGAACGUCCACAUCGCUGUUGGAGGAAAUUUCAGCAGCUAUAAGUCAGUAUUCAGAGCUUCGCACAGUUACAAAGAGAGACAAACUAAGAGUGCUUUGGCAACAGAUUCAUGCCAAUAG